UUUGUUCGGAAUUCGCUUGCCAGUUUGUGUGUUAUAUCUCCCAAUUUUUUUUUUUUUGGAUUUUUUCGGCUCUUGUCCUGUUAUACAUCAUAUGCUGCUCGGAGCAUCGUCCAGCGGUCCACAAUGCACUGAUUCAAAAAAUGAACACGUCGUGACUCGGUCGUUUUCCAGCCAUCAAUUGCAAGAUGUACAAGAAGAAAUAGUGCGUCCUUUACCUUCGGUCCUUAUAGAUUUUAUGGCAAUGACGUUGUGCGAUUUGGUGCCAAAGAGACCGCAGCGACGUGCAUCGCAUGCAGAUACGAGUACCGCAUUAAACGAGCCGUUCAUUCCAGAACUGGUGUAUUUUAUCCAAAAAAUUACAUUCCAAUCGAAUACCAAUUGUCGGACGGCGCUGGUGGCAUUGAUCUAUCUCGACCGUGCCAAAGCGGCCAUGCCUCCCCGAGCUGUGGGCGAUCGCGAUGCAUGCCAUCGUCUAUUUCUGGCGGCGUUACUUUUGGCAUCCAAAUUCUUGCGCGAUACGGCGUGGCAACGGUUCUCAUUCACGCAAGUAGCCACGGUGCCUUCGACGUGGUCUCAUUACUAUUCGUUUCAUUACCGUGGCAGCCAUCCUCCACUCAAGGGACCAUUGACAAACGGACAACUGUGCGUAAUGUGUCACGGUCUUUACUCCUUGGACGAUAUCAACCAACUGGAACGCGCCUUUUUAAAAUUGAUUCAAUAUCAACUAUGGGUAGAUGACACUCACGUCAAUGCUUUUCUUGUUCAACAUCGUGUAGAUUUGUCUCUGUAAAAUAGCCAUGAGAGCAUGAAUUCCCAUUUACAUAUAUCUUAACAUUAUCGCCUCCAUUCACUGUAUACCCAAUAGUUUCAUCAUCCUACUACAAUACAUUGCUUUGUACAAC